CCUGGCUGUGACCUUCAGGGGGCUUCUUUCGAGCGGCUCCUGCUUGUCCGCUGUUCCUCCUCCUCAUUCCUCUCCGGUCCUCCUCCGUCCGCUGCUCGCUCCCGGGAUGGCGCAGGCUGCGCAGAAGCUGGUGACGGCCAUCACCACCCAAGGGCCCAAGCUUGUUUCUGGUCAGUCAGGGAGGGGCGCCGGCUCGGGCGAGUUUCCUUCAGGGGCAGCUGAAGAAGCGCUUCUCUUUCGCCCGGCUGCCGCCGCUUUCCCGUCCGCGCUGGAAGAGGAAGGGCAGGCGGCGCCGGCCACGGAGCCUGCCCCCUGUUAAGGGGCGGGCGACGAGCCGGCGCCGCUCUUGGCAGAGUGCGGCCCUUUGCUUUGCCCGACUCCCGCUGCUCCUUCCCCAGCCUGGGUGCUGGGGGCGGCCGCUCCGAGAGCUGUGGGGCCGAAGGCCGGGCGGGGAAGGGGUUUCAUUUGAGGCUUGCGUCGAACCCUAAGGGAACCUGACGUCCUGCCCUGGCUUCUGCCAAAGGAACGAGUUUGCUGCUUAGUCGCACUGUGGCGUUAAAUCCCAUCCCACAGUAAUACCGUGCAGCAAGUAAUACUGGAGCUCAUGGUAGAACAUGUAUAAAAUUUAAUCAAGCAGCUGUUCAAUAAAACUGUUUGAUAUGCAUGCAGUGGGACUGACCUUCGCAUGCCCAGAAGAAUAAGGUGGUCUUGAGCCCCUCAGGUCGGAAGGCGUCCAACAUGCUACUGAGGAAGAGCGGAGGACAAGUACAAGUAGAUUCAGAGCUGAUGAAGCGGCUGGGCUAAAGCCGAAAGGUCGCUCAGUUGCAGAUAUGCCUGGAAGCGAAAGGAAAGUCCAAUGCUGUAAAGAUAGUGUUCUCGAAGCUACCAGCAUGAGUUUGACUAAACUGCGGGAGGCAGUGGAAGACAGAAGUGCCUGGCGUGCUCUAGUCCAUGGGGUCAUGAAGAGUCGGACACGACUAAACAACAACAGCAACCUAGCAUCUAAAACCAUACCAUGGACUUAGCCAGGAUUUAUGUUGGGAGGGUGGGAGGUAGUCAGGAUUAUGAGGGGGCAGGACCUGUCAUCAUCCUCUGUCUGGCUCUGUUUAGCAGAUUCGGGCUGAAAUGUCUCAAAAGUUGUUUUGAAUUAUUUUCUUUUGAUCCCAGCUGCUCAGAGAAAUCUGUCAAAAUCUUUCUCCAAUUUCUACUCUUAGUUAAGUAUUUUUAUUUAUUGACUUGGUUUAGGGGGGCCAGCUGCCACCUCUGGCUACGCCCAUGAACCAUACCAUGAUGACACCUGGCAAAUAAUGCCGUGCUGGGGAGGGUAUUCUUACCAACGUGGCAACACUACAGAGAUGACUCUUUUCUUAGUCACCAUCACCUGUGUGGGAGCUUUACUUAUUGAAUGGUAUUCCAAACUGUUAAAGGCACUUACCAUUGUUGCCAGUAGGGACCAGAAUUGCACUGUUUUGCUUUACUUCAAAUGCUUAAAUUAUUUUAAAUGUACUAAAACACUCAAGUGAGUUCUGGCACUGAAUAUUUGGAUGCUGCAGGUUUUGACCUACGUGUGCAAAUAGUUACCUAGAGAGUUGGAAAAAUUCCAAGUGCUGCUUUGCUCUGGUGCUUAAAAAUGUGCCAGUGCUGGGGAUUUGGACUACUUUUCUAACCUUGGUUAUUCACUAAAGAGUUCAUAUUAAAUGGCCAUUGUGUGCAUAUUGAGAGCAGUGAUCCCCCACUGGACGCAGGUGUUUAAUGACGGUAGUUUUACCUGCUGUCAGGAAACUGCCACUUUUGGCACAGUGGGACAUUAGUUUAUGGUGAUUUGUAGAUGUCUGCUUUGCACACCUGCUUUUGCUCUCAUCUCAUCCCACUCUUAUCUCUUUCAGCUGCUAUCACUUAUUCAAAGCCUCGCCUGGCCACUUUUUUGUACUAUGCUAAAGUUGAAUUGGUUCCCCCAACUCCUGCUGAAAUUCCUAAGGCCAUUGAUGGCAUGAAAGGAUUGGUGAAGAGCAUGCAGACUGGCCGCAUCAAACAGCUCACUGUCAAGGUAACUGCAAGCCAGAAGUGAAAGGUCAUUACCCUAAGCUAUAGCUGUUCAUAUCUAUAAUAGGUUAUAUCUGGCUGUAUGUAAAAAGUGAACUCAGUCAAUAUGAAGCAAAAGACCAACUGAACACCUUGUUGGUGCUUUACCCUUCAAUUUCAUUGUUCCGCAAGGGACAAUGACAAUAAAGCUAUCGUAUACAAACAUUGUGACUCUUCUAAAAUGUUACAACUUGUAAAUCAUUAAAGUUGUUUUUUAAAAAAACUCCUGAGAUUGUGGGCUAGGCCUCUGACGUCAUCCUGGCAGAUUGCUUCUUUGUCCAGAACUAACAGUGAUGCCUGAAACAGUCAGUCAUAGUCUCAAAGAUGUUUGUAAACUGGCAUGCAGUUGCAUUUUUAUUCUUUUAUCAUAGGUGAUGUAACUUGCAAAGCUUUACUUGGUUCAUAGGAGCUCCUAUUCCUGAGGCUGGAAUCUUGGAUGAAUUUGGGGGGUGCAUGCUGAAAUGCUGAAAUAUCUGCCCCUUCUUUCUCAAUCCUGUGGAGGAAGCAUGGGCGCAGAUACUUUCUAGGAACUAGAGUGUGCCAUGUAAUGCACCCUGUCAUAGAUCAUAAGGAAGCUUCUGGAAUGGGGUUUGUGUAUUGAAGGGAUGAUUUGCUAAAGUGGCAAAAGUUGUGAAAUAUUUCUCUUUUCUUUCAGGAAGUUCUGAGGAACGGCUUGGUGGCUACUGAAGUGCUAAUGUGGUUUUACAUCGGCGAAAUCAUAGGCAAACGUGGCCUGAUUGGCUAUGAUGUUUGAAAGUUUUUGGUUUCUACUCCUAACAGUGUCGUAGUAUUAAAUUACAGUGCUGAGAUGAAAUUGUGGUGGUCUCUACAAAUACCAUUCAGAUUGGGGCAGAAUCAGAUGAUGGUGACAUGAAUGCAGACAACGAUCCCUAAAAUACUCCUACUCUUCCUCCUCCUGUUGGGGGGUAGGGUGGGCACCAGUGGUUGGCUGUUCAAAUAAAUGCUAUACAAAGAAUGACUCGGAA